AUGGCUUUCGGGAUUCUAGAGCCAGCUACUGGCUUUCAACCAACUUCAACAUGCAAGCUUCACACCACUGCUCAGAACGAAGAGGGCAAUAAUCGUGUCCUCUUCCCUCAACCUUGUCAAUCGCCUCUUGAUCCCCUUAAUUGGUCCCGAAUCAGGAAAGAGCUCUUAUUUGCGACUAUCAUUCUAGGAUCAUGCGCGACUGGUUCUUUAGGGCCCAUCCUCGUCCCCGGAUUCGCAGUUGUUGCCGAGAAUCUCAAUGUCAGCCUAACAAAUGUGACUCUUUUAAAUGGUAGUCUAGUCAUGGCACUAGGUGUCAGUGCCUAUCUUUGUUCAUGCGUUGCCUCAGUCUAUGGAAAACGUCUGGUUUAUCUAUUUACCACAAUUCUGUUGUUGGUCUCUUGCUGCUGGGCCGCCGCGUCAAAAUCUUAUCAUUCCCUCAUUGCCUCGCGCAUCUUCCAAGGUCUCGGAAUGGGUGGCUUCUUUGGUCUAGCUGGAACCAAUUCUAUCAAUGAUGUGUUCUUCGUUCACGAGCGAGGACUUCGUGUUGGACUAUGGAAUUUCGGAGUCAUCGCAUCUGUCAAUCUCACUCCCGUGAUUAGUGGUUAUGUGAUAUCUAACCUCUCGUGGCGCUGGAGUUUCUGGCUUGAGGUCAUUUUGUACUGUGUUCUUCUCGUUGCGGUGAUUCUAUUCUUCCCCGAGACGUCUUUCAACCGCGACUCAUUUGAGAACACCCAAGCAACAGAAAGAACACUUAUUACUGAUGAAGCAAAGGGAGGCAUCGUACUGGUGAAGUCUUUGCAUGCCGACACAUCACGCUGGCCUUUACAAUCCUUGAUAACUUUUAUCCUUGGGGAUAGUUCGUCGAGACCACCAGCCCAGCAUAACUUGCUUUUCGCCUGCGUGAAGCCCUUCGCCAUACUAUUACACCCUGUGGUAUUAUGGGAAUGUGUCAUGUGGGCAGUGGUAUUCACAUGGACGAUUUUGCUCGGAGCAGUGGCCUCUCAGAUUUUCACCGCGCCACCAUAUAGCAUGAGUACCGUGGCCGUCGGCAACCUCACCGGUGUCGCCCCCUUCAUCGGAUCCGCGCUUGGAACUGCAUUAGGUGGGUGGCUUUGCGACUUCUUCGGGAGAGCCUUGUCAGAUCGCACUAAUGGCAUCUAUGAGCCCGAGUUCCGUCUCUUUGUGAUGCCAUUGGCCAUCGUGACAUUGGCUGUUGGGAGCUUCGGUCUUGGAGCCGCCAUCCAAAAUGAGGCCUCAGAUAUCGCAUGUGGUGUUAUUAUGGCCAUUCUCAACUUUGCUGUCGGUGUUGGCUGCACUGGUAUCGUGGCUUACACUAACGAUGUCUGCGCCGACAGGGCAGGCGAUGCCCUCGGGCUUGCGAUGGUUGUCAAGAGUGCUUUUGCGUUUGGGUUGAGUUUUUUGUUUAAUGACUACCUUGCUCGAAGCGGCCCUUUAGUCUUCUUCUCAACCUUUGGUGCUGUUACCAUCGGGGUGAUGCUCACCACUGUCCCUCUUUAUGUCUAUGGGAAGAGAAUCAGGGCCUGGUCCGAGGAACACGGUUUGCUAGAGAGGGGGCCCAAAUAA